AUGCUGAUAGAGCGAGGAGCCGAACGUGUCGUAUCCUUCGACAUCGUCCCGGCCCCAUCCGAGGCCUGGAAGCAUCCCAAGAUCGAGUGGAGGGUCGGGGACAUCUGCGACAAGGAGGCGGUGCUGGAUGCUGUGAAGGGAGCGGACUGUGUCUGGCACAACGCAGCGGCCGUGGGGCCGUUCCACCCCAAGUGGCUGUACAUGAAGGUGAACUAUGAGGGGACGCUGAACGUGAUAGAGGCGUGCAAGCAGGCCGGAGUGAAGAAGGUAGUUAUGUCAUCGUCCCCAUCGACGAGGUUCACGGGAGUGGACGUGGAUGGGUUGACGGAGGCCCAGCUCCCUCCGCUCCCUCUCAAGCGCUACCUCCAGGGGUACGCGGAGACCAAGGCUAUCGGCGAGCUCGCGAUGAGGAACGCGUGCUGUGAUGAGCUGAUGACGAUUGCGGUGGCUCCUCAUCAGGUUUAUGGCCCCAGGGACAACCUGUUCCUGCCCAACUUGCUAGAGGCUGCAGGCAACAACAAGCUGCGGAUCUUUGGCCCGGGGCACAACAAGACUUGCUUCACGCACGUGGACAACUACUGUCACGCGCUGAUCAUCUCCGAAAGGACGCUGAAGAAGGGCUCCCCCACCCUCGGCAAGUUCUACAUAGUCACCGACGGCCGCACCCAGCCCGAGGGGCAGCACCUGAUCUUCUGGAAAGUUCUGGAUGAGGCGGUGACGGGCAUGGGCUUCACGUCCUUGUGGUCUAAGUGGCAUCUUCCCAAGUGGUUCCUCUUCUUGCUCGCGUACCUGUCCGAGUUCGUAGGGAUGAUUCUCAACCAGAAGUUCAAGCUCAACGUGUUCAACGUGCUGGUGCUCACCAUGCACCGCUGGUUUGACAUCAGUGCUGCCGAGAAGGACCUCUCGUACCAGCCGAUCAUCAGCUUCCGACAGGGAUGGGACGAGACCAUCUGGUGGUUCAAGCAGAACUGGCUCCCCAACUUCAAGCGGGAGAGCUCCUAUACUGGAAUCGCCACCAACACGCAGAAGAAGAUCGACAUUCAGUCAAGAAAGCACCAAGUUCAACGUUAA